AGAUCAAUAAAGUGAGACAAAACUUAUUUCAAAUCAAUGGCGUCGAGAAGAAGCCGCUGGCGCUGCCGGAGGCGGACGGGCCCGCAUACAACUUUGUGGGCAGAAUUCUGGGCCCGAGAGGUAUGACAGCCAAACAGUUAGAACAGGAGACCGGCUGUAAGAUAAUGGUUCGCGGAAGGGGUUCAAUGAGGGACAAGAAAA